UGGAGGGUCGAGGCGCCUGCGCAGUCGCUCCUCCUUAGGUGGCAGCCAUGGCGGGUCAAGAGGAUCCGGUGCAGCGCGAGAUUCACCAGGACUGGGCGAACCGGGAGUACAUUGAGGUCAUCACCAGCAGCAUCAAGAAAAUCGCAGACUUUCUCAACUCGUUCGAUAUGUCUUGUCGUUCAAGACUUGCAACACUAAACGAGAAAUUGACAGCCCUCGAACGGAGAAUAGAGUACAUUGAGGCACGGGUGACAAAAGGUGAGACCCUCACCUAGAACCGGGUCACACUGCUGCUGGGAAGCUGCUUUACAGAGACAGGCCUACGUGGGACAGGCCCCAGCAGCCUCCGCUCCUUCCUCUCUCCGUACAGAGCAACAGGGCUUAUUCUUGUUUUCCUUUUUUCAAAAGCGUGGCCUUUGGGCUCUGCCACGUACAUCAGCGUGUGAUGUGGCAUGUGGGAAGACUCCAGGGGACCUCUCAGAAACAACAUUAGGCAUUUUACCUUUUAAGUAACAUUUUGUAGAACUGUUUGUCAAUGUAUUUGAGGCGUGCAGAGCCAAAUGCCUGGGACUCUUUGUUAACGUCCUCCCCACUUCCUCUCUCUCUCUCUUUCUCUCUCUCAGAAUUUCCUUACAGUUCUCAUUGCCUCUGGAUUGGUUCUAUAAACAGUCUUUGUCUCCUUUCCACCUUUGGUGGGGGGAAGGGGGUGGGAGGCAGUCCUGGUUGAGACACUUAUGCGCUGGCAAGGUGGCCACCAGAAUGUUGUUGGUAACCCACCAAUUUCUUGUCCUUUUGGGGAAGUCAAGGCCACGCCCCCACUUGGCUUGAAGGGACAUUUUCAGAAUUUUCUUUCUGUCACUUGGGGUGUCGUUGCCUCUCAUAUUUCCCUAAUAAACUCCUCAACUUUA